GGGUGACAAGUCACACGUGAAGAGGAUAGAGUAGCGUUACCAGCCUGUGGCUGACCCUGUCCUGCUCCGACUAGUUGAAGUCAAAUGUAGCCGCUGUAGCCCUUGUAUUUCUGCGAGCGGCGUGGCUACGAUUAUAGUAUAGCAAACACUUGACCCGGGCCAGGCAGCGUUCUCGAGCUGCUCAGCUUACUACCAUGCGCAAUGCCGCUCGCAUCGUGUUGACGCUUGCGCUGGUCACGUUAGCCGGUGCGGCAAAUCGCCUGCGACUCGUGCGGGAAGACGACUCAACGGCCGAUGCAGGACCCGAGAAGCGGCCUGUCCCGGAGAUACAGGUUUUCGACGAUUUCUCGUCGAUUGGUCCGGAGCAGCGCGAUGCCUGGCUAAGCAUCUGGUCGACGCAGGCGUGGGCCAUGCUCCAGUCUCUGCAGGCCGGCCGCGACAAGGCGCCGCUACACCUGCUGAUGGUGGGCGACAGCACGAUGCGCAAGCAGAAGGCCUACCUGUGCGACUUCCUUGAGCCUGGCGUACAGCACGACUUCCAUGGCCCGGAGAUGGUCGAGUCCAGCUGCUUCAACCGUGAACUCAAGGUGCGAGUCACGCACUUGUGGAGCCCCUGCUGCCGCCCGGACGAUCUGAGGCACCUUGCGCAGCGGCUGGCCGACGAGGGCAGCGUCGCCAAGCGGGCGCUGGUGGAGCCGCAGGUGGUGUACCACAACUGCGGUCUGCACCUGAUGCACCUGGGCGCCUUCCGCCCCUUCGAGUGCCUGCCGCGCCCCUACGAGGAGGUCAUCACCGGAUUCCAGCGCGCACUGCAGGAGGUGUACCCCUCCACGCUGCAGGUGGUGAUGACCACGCACUCCAUAUGCGAGCCCUUGUUCACGGGCGGAUACCGCGAUGCAGUGGACCAGGCGCACUGGAACCCGGAGGCCCUGACGGAUGCCUGCGUCAAGGACCUGAGCCAGCGGCUGUGGCGUGCCAAGGACGCGCCAAGUGCGGCGGCCACCCGCGCCGCACCCGAGGGCGUCACGCGCGUUCUGGCCGGCCUGUGCCGCAGCGGCAUGAUGAUAGACGACACCGCGGCGCGGCAGCGGGCGGCGGCGCUGAAGGCGGUGGACGCGGCGCGGCGGCGCGGCGGCGGCGCCGGCAUCGAUGUGGUGGACGCGUACGCGCUGACGUGGCAGCAGUGCUGGGCCAGUGAAAAGAUGGACGGGCGGCACUACCCCUUCCUGGUGCCGCUGGAGGCCCAGCAGUUCCUGGCGGUGGUCAGCAGAUGGCUGGGGGGCGGCGUGGUCGGUGUUGGCGGCAGCGGGAGCAGUGGCGUGUGAGCAGUGACCGCUGUUGGUAUGUUGCUGAGGCUGGUGGUGAGGCGGGGGCGGUGGUGCGGCGCUUGACGGGCCGAGGGCUGGGCGCUCGUCUUGCAGCUAGGCGCGUUGAGGCUGUGGUGGUAGGGCACGGUGGUAAGGAGUCUUCAGACGUAGAAGCUAGUGCCGAUGCAUUGACCUGAGUCGGUCAACACUGGGCCUGGCCAGAUCGGGCGGUGGGCCCCAACAUGGGCUGCUGUGCUAUGACAUGCCAUGCACACGCAGUCUUGACCGCACCUUACACCAGACACCCGACACAACGAAUACAUCCUGUAAAUUGCAAUUCUC